AUGUAUCCCACUUCUUGCUCUGAAGGAACAAUUCGACGAAAAUAUACACUGGCGCUUCCGCUUGACCCAGGGGGAAGAUUCGAUCUGAGACUCAGUUAUUCAACAGUUCAAGGAUCUGCAUCCGUUGUGCCCAACACCCCCUUCUCCCUUCCCAACUCUCUUCAUUCCCAACUGCUAGGGCAUCUAGGAAACACUUCAGCUGACGAGGCGAUUGGAACUUCGUUUUUUGAUCUGAUCAACCAUUCCCCAGUUCGCCUUGUUCUGAACACGCGUACUCCCCUUCGCCAGCCAAAGGCAUCAAACCCAACGUUAAACAUCACUACUACCGUCCGCCCCUCGAUAAAACACACUAAUGUCGCCAGGAGGGCAACAUGGCCCACGGGCAUCCAGGUAUUUGAGGACUUCGCCUCUGCAUCCAAUCUCAUGACUCAUCGGUUCCACAGCCAGGAUGCCCACACACCGGAUAAUGAACCCCAGGUGCCUCCACCUGGGUUCCAUUAUCCUGCAUGGCUUGCCCUAUGUGGCGGCCAUGAACACGUUUUAGAGCCCGAUUGGGCUCUAAAAACCGUUGUCGAAGCGCCCAUCGAGGCACUAUUCCCAAACAUGCCGGUGGGCAUGAUCAAUGAAUACCGCUGGCAGUACUUCCAUGCCAGGGUAUGCUUGAUUUGCCAGGGAAUUAGGAGGCGCGCCUGGGAUGAGAGGCGCAGGAGGGGCAAACCAAAAUACGCUAGGGACACCGAUGCUUCAAGCUGA